AUGGCAAAGCUCCUUCGUGUUGUUGGUCUCCUGGGCGUCUUUGUGAAGUACGCGACGGGUGUGCGGUCCAUGGGACAAGCUGAGAAUCAACACGAUGACCAAGACGUUGAGACCGGUGACACCGGGUCGCCCCACACGCCGCGCGUGAAGGAUUCUGGACUGAGCUUUGAAGGCCUGGACGUGGCAAGUGGCCUCCUAGAAGAGAACAUGGAGGAGAAGGAGGAGGACUGUACUGGUGGUUAUGAGACCACGGGCAACGUGCUGGGCGAAGGAACGUAUGGCACGGUCUACGAGGUCGAAAAGAAGAUCGAGAAGAAGUGGUACAAAAGGAGACAGAGACAGCAGGGCUUUGCUGUGAAAGUUCCUGAAAGUGAUGGCAUCAAAGAUCUCCAGAAGGAGAUCGCCGUGCUUGACGAGGUGGGUACUUGCGAUGGCGUUAUGCCUAUGGUCGAGAAGUCUCCCUGCGUGGAUGAUGAGAAGCUGCCAAACUCCUUUGUGACCAAGCGGUAUGCUGGCGACCUGUACAAGUGGGCGAGGAGAUUCAAGCCUAGAGCACGCGCGUCAGCUGGGUCGUCUCGAUCACCGGGUCUAGAAGGGAUUGGUGCAUAUGAAGGAUCGGUUGAUUUCGGCGUCAUGAAGUGA